AUUUCCGCCAAAAAACACCUAAAAACCAGGAAAACCCUCAAAGGGGUGGAUUAUCCAUCAUGCCGCCACCACCGCAUAUCAAGCCUGAGAAUGUCCUCAAGAGGGCCCAGGAACUCAUCGCCGUCGGUCAGGCCCCCGCUGCCCUGACCGUCCUGCACGAACAUGUCACCUCCAAGCGUACCCGCAGCAGCCCCAUUGCUUCCCUGGAGCCGGUUAUGCUCCUCUUCGUCGAGCUGUCUGUCGACCUGCGCAAGGGAAAGGCGGCCAAGGAUGGCCUGUACCAGUACAAGAACAUCGCCCAGAACACCAACGUUGGCACCAUCGAGGUCGUCCUGAAGCGCUUCAUCGAGCUCGCUGAGCAGAAGGUCACCGAGGCCCAGGCCAAGGCCGACGAGAUCCAGUCCUCCCUCGAGUCCGCCGCCCCCUCCUCUAAUGUCGACGAUCUGGAGGCUAUCGAGACCCCCGAGACCAUUCUGCUGGCCACCGUCUCCGGCGAGCAGUCCCGGGACCGCACCGACCGCGCCGUCGUCACUCCCUGGCUCAAGUUCCUGUGGGAGACCUACCGUACUGUCCUCGAGAUCCUGAAGAACAACGCCCGUCUCGAGAUUAUGUAUCAGUCGACCGCUCUGCAGGCCUUCCAGUUCUGCCUCAAGUACGCCCGCAAGACCGAGUUCCGUCGUCUGUGUGAGCUUCUGCGCAACCACGUCCAGAAUGCCGCCAAGUACUCCUCCCAGAUGCACGCCAUCAACCUCAGCGAUGCCGACACCCUGCAGCGUCACUUGGACACCCGCUUCCAGCAGCUUAACGUUGCCGUCGAGCUCGAGCUGUGGCAGGAGGCUUUCCGCAGCAUUGAGGAUAUUCACACCCUGCUUAACCUGAGCAAGCGCCCAGCUAAGAACGUCAUGAUGGCCAACUACUACGAGAAGUUGGCUCGCAUUUUCCUCGUCAGCGAGAACUACCUCUUCCACGCUGCCGCCUGGAACCGUUACUACAACUUGCUCCGUCUCUCGACCGUGGCCUUGGCUACCGGCCAGAGCACCAAGAAGGAGAACCCCUCCGUCACCGAGCCCGAGGUCACCAAGGCCGCUUCUUUCGUGCUCCUUUCUGCUCUGUCCAUUCCUGUCAUCAGCACUACCCGCUCCCGCGGUGCCCUGGUCGACGUGGAUGAGGCUCGCAAGAACAAGAACACUCGCCUCACCAACUUGCUUGGUAUGGCCCAGCCUCCCACUCGUUCCGUGCUGUUCCGUGAUGCCCUGAACAAGGGUCUCCUCAAGCGUGUCCGCCCCGAGAUUCGUGACCUGUACAACAUCCUUGAAGUCGACUUCCACCCUCUCUCCAUCUGCAAGAAGAUCACUCCUAUCCUGAAGCAGAUUGGUGCCGAUCCUGAGAUGGAGAAGUACGUCGUGCCUCUCCAGCAGGUCAUUCUUACCCGCCUGUUCCAGCAGCUGUCCCAGGUCUACGAGUCCGUGGAGCUCAAGUUCGUCUACGAGCUCGCCCAGUUCCCCGACCCCUUCCAGAUCACCCCCGCCAUGAUCGAGAAGUUCAUCAUGAAUGGUUGCAAGAAGGGUGAUCUUGCCAUCCGCGUGGACCACAUCUCUGGUGUCCUUACCUUCGACUCCGACGUCUUUUCUUCUUCCAAGGCCAUGCACGCUGGCAGUGGCGCCGGCUCUGCCGAGUCCGAUGUCGCCUCCGUUCAACGUCUCCAGCACACUCCCGCCGAGAUUGCCCGCUUCCAGCUUUCCCGCCUGGCCAAGACCCUGCACACCACUUGCAUGUACGUUGAUCCCUCCUACAACGAGGCUCGUCUGCAGGCCAAGCAGGCCGCUCAGGCCCGCGCCUUGGCUGGUACUGCUAAGGAGCACGAGGAGACCCUGGCUCGUCGUGUUAUCAUCGACAAGAAGAAGGAGGCUGCCACCGACGCCCUUAACCGCAAGCAGCGUGAGGAGGAGACUCGCAAGCGUAUCCGCACUCAGCAGCUGCAAGAUGCCGAGAAGAAGCGUUUGGCCGAUGAGCAGCUUGAGCGUGAGCGCAAGCGUAUCAAGGAUGAGCAGGACCGCAUCCGCCAAGAGGAGCUGAAGAAGCAGCUCGAGGAGCUCAAGACCGGCGUCAAGGGCAUCGAUAUCAGCGAAUUCGAUAUGGAUGAGCUGGAUGGAAACCGUCUGCGUGCCAUCAAGCUCGCUCAGUUGGAGAAGGAGAAGAACGAGUUGAACGACCGUGUUCGCACUACCGCCAAGCGUAUCGACCACUUGGAGCGUGCCUUCCGUCGCGAGGAGAUGAAGCACAUUCCUGCCGACUACGAGGCCCAGAAGAAGCACGAUUUGGAGCUUUACGAGGCCCAGAAGGCCGAGACCCUCAAGGAGGCCAAGCAGAAGCACGCCGAGGCUGUUGCCCUCAAGCACCGUCUGGGUCGCCUGGUUCCCGCUUUCAGCAACUUCCGCAAGGAGGUUUCGGAGAAGCGCCACGAGGAGUUCGAGAAGCGUCGCAAGGCCGCCGAGCGCGAGUUCGAGGCCAAGAAGAAGCAGCGUAUCAAGGAGGUCCAGGACCGCCGCCGUCGCGAGAAGCAGGAGCGCGAGGAGGAGGAGGCCCGCCGCAAGGAGGAGGAAGAGCGUGCUCAGCGCGAGGAGCAGGAGCGUGCUGCCCGCGACGAGGAGCGUCGUCGUGCCCUUGCAGAGGAGAAGAUUCGUCGCGACGAGGAGCGUGGCAAGCUCGACGAGAUUGCUGCUCGCCAAAAGCAACGCGAGGAGGAGGCCGAGGCCCGCCUAGCUGCUCGCCGGACUGGUGGUUCUUCCUACGAAUCCGCUGAGCGCACUGCCCCCCGUCUCAACCUUGCUCGUCCUAGUGGUGGAUCUGGUUGGAGAGACCGUUUGGCUGCCCGUGGGGACUCUGCGGAUGCCCCCGCUCCUGCCCCCUCCCGGGAGGAGCCCCCCGCCCGCAAGGGUGGAUAUGUCCCCCCUCACCUCCGUGCCGGAGCCUCCGCUGGCUCUGGAUCCGCCCCUCCCCCCCCGUGA